AUGACGGAAUCCGAAAUGGCGCAAGAGGCGGAGGUGGACGAUGAGUUCUCGCGGCUGUGGCAACGCCAUCUCACCGCGCUGAGGGACGACUUCUCGGCCACCAGCGUACAAGCGCUACCCAGUCUGCCUUCAGAAUCACGCAGUUUUGAUGGGAAGGCCGCCCCCAAUCAGGACCUGGCACAUCCGUGGGACGCGAAGAUCGAGUCGGUCGUCGAUGUGCUGGAUGAGUUGACACUCCCAGAGACUCCUUGGUUUCCAGACCGAGACGGGUAUACCGACACAGCGUUCUCAUCCCCUCUCAAUUCCAGUUGCCCCAGGACAAUUGGAUCUCCCAAGGGCCUGGGGUUGCCGGAUUUCCGCGUGGAGGACUAUUCAGAAACAGCCCUCCCCGACCUCAAAGGAAAAGGGGUUAGCAUCGCCCAGACCUGGAGCCAAAGAAAACCGCCGCCGCCCUGGCACGAAGACGCAACAGUCCCAUUCCUCCUGCACAAGCAGCUCCUCGACGGCCAACAACCCCUCCUCCAACCGUCAGUAGCAACAACAGCCACAACAGCAACAACAACAACCCACACCCCCACCGCUUCACACCACGAACCCCGACCCCCAGCCAUAGCAACCCAAGUCCACGCCCUAAUCCUAACCUGGGCCACACCAACACCAAUCCCAGCAACACCCUCCCACCACCACACGCACACACACAUCCACCAAGACGAUAGAAAAAACAACAACAGCACCGACACCCUACGCGCCACGCUCAAGCGGCGCGGCUACCGCGUGCAGUGCCGCACCAUCCCCACCGACUACCCGACGGCGGCAGUCGAGACCAUGCUGGACCGGUUCCUGGAGAGGUCGGCGGCGGAUACGUUGCUGGUGGUGUAUUAUCGGGGGUGGGGGUGUUUGGGGAGGGAUGGGAGGAUGGUUUUUGUGAGGUGCCCGGGGGAUGUGUUGUUGGUGUUUGACUGCACCGCCUUGCCCGGGGCUAGGGCUGAGCAGCUCGAGAUGAGAGUCGAGGCCGGAAUGGUAUCCUCGCCGUCCACGAAGCAACUGCUGGGGGGCCCUGAAUGGGAUGGGGGACGUACCGGGUUUGUCAGUCCACAGGUUGUGUUCGCUUAUGAGGGAAGAUUUGCGGGACACCCAACUCGCGUCGGUGGUGUUUGUCAGCCAACUGGGGGGUGGGCAAUUGCUGGAUAUCUAUCUACCGAGGCUUGCAACCUCACCGAGAACGACGAGGCAAAGCAUGACCUUGUGGUAGCCCAGUAUUCUGAGCUAAUCUCGGACCAACCGCUCCGCAUCACGGGCUUCCAAAGCUUGGAUCAUGUCGUGAACGGCUUCAUGGGCACGACUGGAACUGCUUCGGCAUUGGAACAGGUCGCCAGGGGGCUGAUGAUCCUUUGA